AUGUCCCUCACCAGUGACCCCGUCUACCAGAAACUCAACAAGUUCUACGAGGCCAACCGUGACACCCUCAACCUCAGGAAGCUAUUUGAAGCGGACAAGGACAGAUUCUGCAAAUUCAGUAAAACUCUGCAGACCAGCAAUGGAGACAUCUUGGUGGAUUACUCCAAGAAUCUCAUUACUGAAGAGGUCUCAAAGCUGCUCAUAGAACUGGCCAAAUCAAGAGGCGUUGAGGCAGCAAGAAAGCGCAUGUUCACUGCAGAAAAGAUAAACUUUACCGAGAACCGCGCCGUACUUCAUAUCGCUCUGAGAAAUCGCUCUAACACUCCCAUUAAUGUGGACGGUAAAGAUGUCAUGCCGGAAGUCAAUGCAGUCUUGGAGAAGAUGAAAGGGUUCUGCCAGAAAGUCCGCAGUGGAGAUUGGAAGGGCUACACUGGAAAAGCCAUCACUGAUGUGAUAAACGUUGGCAUCGGUGGCUCAGAUUUGGGUCCAUUGAUGGUCACAGAAGCCCUGAAGCCAUACUCCAAAGGUGGCCCCCGUGUUUGGUUUGUUUCAAACAUUGAUGGCACCCACAUGGCCAAAACGCUGGCUGCGUUGAACCCGGAAACCGCCCUCUUCAUCAUUGCAUCCAAGACUUUCACCACUCAGGAAACAAUCACCAACGCCGAAACCGCCAAGGAAUGGUUCCUGCAGUCUGCCAAAGAUGCAUCCGCAGUGGCCAAGCACUUUGUUGCUCUGUCUACCAAUGCACCAAAAGUGAAGGAUUUUGGAAUAGACACCGCCAACAUGUUUGAAUUUUGGGAUUGGGUUGGAGGCCGUUAUUCUCUCUGGUCUGCAAUUGGUCUCUCAAUUGCCCUUCAUAUUGGUAAGUACAAUUUAUUUCACUGCUUGAUGUUCAUUGUGUUUCAGGACAAUCACUUCUACAAUGCUCCUCUGGAAAACAAUAUCCCAGUAAUUCUGGCCAUGCUGGGUAUCUGGUACAUCAAUUUCUACGGGUGUGAGACCCAGGCCCUGCUUCCCUAUGACCAGUACAUGCAUCGCUUUGCUGCCUACUUCCAGCAGGGUGACAUGGAAUCCAAUGGAAAAUACAUCACCAAGUCAGGGGCACGUGUCAACUACAACACUGGGCCUGUAGUGUGGGGGGGAGCCUGGAACCAAUGGGCAGCAUGCCUUUUAUCAGCUCAUACAUCAAGGAACUCGCAGGAUUCCAUGUGACUUCCUGAUCCCGGUACAGAGCCAACAUCCAAUCAGGAAUGAGCUGCACCACAAGAUCCUGUUGGCUAACUUCCUGGCCCAGACAGAGGCUCUGAUGAAGGGAAAGUCUACAGAAGAAGCCAAAGCUGAACUGCAGGCCUCUGGAAUGAGCGGAGAGCCACUGGAGAAGCUGCUUCCACAUAAGGUUUUUGAGGGGAACCGACCAACAAAUUCCAUCAUGUUCCCUAAACUGGACCCAUUCAUCUUGGGAAGUUUAAUCGCUAUGUAUGAACACAAAAUCUUUGUCCAAGGUACUGUGUGGGAUAUCAACAGCUACGACCAAUGGGGGGUGGAGCUCGGGAAACAGCUGGCCAAGAAUUGAGCCUGAACUGGAGGGCGAUGCACCCGUCACCUCCCAUGACUCCUCCACAAACGGCCUCAUUAACUUCAUCAAGAAGCACCGGCACUGA